CUUCCUUGUUUUUAUUAUUUUCUAAUAUUUUUAGACAAAGCUUAUGGUAACGCUUCUUAAAAAUGGAAGGCUGAGCCGUUCCAUACUAAACGUGCUUUCAGAGAACUUGUUCUGUCUCACAAUUUGGAGGGGGCCAGAACAAGAAGAAGCUCAAAGUUUAGCCAAAUUUCGUACGCGCCUUGUUAAAUGCAAUCGCUCUGGUGGAGCCCUCGGAACCUCCCGAAAAGGCACUGCAAAAGGCAAUGAGCGCCUACGACCUCGGACAAUGACGAGUCGUGUUUUCCUGGCUCUUGGGCCUCCUCAAAGAGAUGUCACUUCGCGAAGCCGUGCAGAUUCUUGGUGCGCAGCCAUGACGUUACCGACCAGUAAAUCGUGGCGAUACCAGGUGGUUACAAUUUAGCACCCACUCACUCAACGCCCACGGCAUACUGCGAAUCGGAGCUGGACUGCACGUCACGAGGAGAUGAUGGCAAAGCACACGAUAAGGAAUUCUUAAACUAUUAUCUAGCAUAAAUAAAAACAAUCGUUGAACAUUCCAUGUAUAUUUUUUUCUUAGUGCACCAGCAGAUUCGUCUUUUCAAAAUCGUCAACAACACAAACCCAGCUUCUUGACAGUAAGACCAUGCUACGUGCAUUGCGGGAAAGCUUUGAAAACUACGGUCACACAACGAUUUUUGAACUAGUGAAAUUCAGAGACGAUCUGAGUACUAGAUCUUAAACAGCUGUUUUGUUUAUUAUUAUAUAAAUUACCAUUACCAACGGUUCUUUCCUAGCUUCGCGAAGUCGUUUAGAGUGGAUAAAGGUACUUUCAAAAUGAUUUUGCAAUUGGCUGCAACAAUGCAAUUCCUAGCUACUGGCUGCUACCAGUUGUCAGUUGCCAAGGACCACCACAUUAACAUUGGACGCAUUUUUUUUUAAUUCUCCAUUUAUUUUUUCCCUUAAUGGACAGGUUUUUAUGUCAAGAUGAAAUUUCCAUACAUAUGACCGACCGUCAAAUGCAGACAUCUCGAGAACACUUGUGUGGAUGAAACUCACAUCAAAAUUCAGAAGCCAAUACAAAAUUACUCAGUAUUCUGUAUUAGAAAAGGAUAUUACAUCUUAAACGCCAAGGUGGUAAGUUAAAUAUGUAAUCCGUUAUGUCUAUGUAAAACAAUUAAAUUUUUUAGGUUUGCAAUUAUAACAUGGAGAUAAUCGCCAUUGUUUCCACCCAUCCUCGGUCCUGCCAUGACUCUUUUAUCUGAAACCACUCCAGUGCAAGAUAAGAUUUGUCUAAGACCUUAAACGGACAUCUUGUUCUAGCUGACUCUGGUACGCUGCAAAGAGCUUCGUAUUGACUCCACACAGGAACUCACAGAAUGGGACGCAUCAGCAUCAAUUUAAUUUAAAGAAUUUUAUCGAGUGCACUAUUAAUGUCCUUUAAAGUCGUUUUCGUUGCCAAGAAGAUUGAAUUAUGAGCCCAUGUUUUGUUGCCACAUUGUUAAUGUCUGCUGUGCACUGCAAA